UCACAUGUGCAUGGUAGAAAAGUUACCACGAAGCUUCUGUCACAUAGCAGGAAUGAAGAAAAUAAACUCGUCCCUUGCUUCUUUUUCGGCGCAGAAGAAGGAAGAGAAAACUUCGGAAGUAGCAGGAGUUUGUCAGACCAGUUUUUAAAAGUAAAACACUAAAAAUACGCUAUAAAACUAGCAGGUUAGCCUGGUGGCUAACGCGUAUCGCCAUGGCUCUGUACAUGAAAGCCGCUGAGAUCCUGGAGAAAGCCGAAAGGAAACAGGGCGCUUUGAAAACUCUGGUUUACGACAGUAAAUUUUCCAACAUCAAGCAGCUGUUCGCUCUGGUUUGUGAGACCCAGAAGUAUUCCUCCAUCCUGGAGGAGAUCAUCGAAUCCACCAGGCUGCUCAAACUGACCAAGCUGAAGAUGCCGCUGGCCAAGGUACUGGUGUACGACCUGCUGCUGGGCCAGGGGCUGAAGUGCGGCGGCUCCUGGAAGGCCGUGAUGAUAAAGCACCGCUCCAGGCUGCAGGCGAAGCUGGCUCGCAUGAAAGUGAAGCAAAAGGUCAGCAAGAAUGAAGACCUUCUCCCGGCCAACGUGCAGCAGCCUGCCGGGGACCAGCUGCCCAGGUAUGUGCGUGUAAACACCCUGAAAACCACAGUGGAGGAUGCGGUGGACUACCUGAAGAGGGAUGGCUUCACCUACCUGGGACAGGCCGCCAGGCUGGAGGACUUCACCCUGAAGGGGAAAGUCUUUGUGAGGGACCUGCACCUGCCAGAGCUAUUGGUCUUUUCUCAUAAAACAGACUUCCAUGACCACUUCCUGUACAAGGCUGGACACAUCAUCCUGCAGGACAAAGCCAGCUGCCUCCCCGCCUACCUCCUCAACCCUCCACCUGGUAGCCAGGUCAUCGAUGCCUGCGCUGCCCCCGGCAACAAAACCAGCCAUCUGGCAGCCAUCAUGAAGAACAAGGGCAGGUUGUUUGCCUUUGACCUGGAUGCCAAGCGUUUGGCCACCAUGUCAACUCUCCUGCUCCGAGCCGGGGUCACCUGUCAGCAGCUGGCCAACCAGGACUUCCUGAAGGUGGACCCUGACAGCCCGCAGUACAAAGAUGUUGAGUUUAUCCUGCUGGAUCCUUCCUGCAGUGGAUCAGGUAUGGUGUGCCUCCGGGACAACACCUCCGCUGACCAGGAGAAGGAACAGGCUCGUCUGGCCUCCUUGGCCUCCUUCCAGCUGCGGUGCCUGAACCACGGCCUCAGGUUCCCCCGUCUGAAGCGCCUGGUUUACUCCACCUGCUCCGUCCACAGGCAGGAGAACGAGGACGUUGUCGCUGCCUGUCUGCAGCAAAACCCCAACUUCAGGUUGGUUCCUCUGCUGGCCCAGUGGCCUGAACGAGGACUGGAGCCGCUCUCACAGUGCUUACGAGCCAGCACAACCAAAACCCGAACACACGGCUUCUUUGUGGCUUUGCUGGAGAAACACAGGGAGGCUGGGAAUGUGAAACAGGAAGCAGUCGUUCAGAUCAGCGAACAGGAGGAAACGCCCGACCAUCCACCUGCCUGUGAGAUUAAACCUGCAGCUUCAGAAGAAGAGUCUGAGGCUUCAGAGAUGGAGGACACACUGACACCUGAAGCGGGACAGACUGACAGUACACCCAGCAAGAAGAAGAGGAGGAAGAGGAAGAAGAAGAAGAAGAAGGCAGCAACAGCAGAGUGACAUUUCCAGCUCCUAUAUCGUCCUCCUUUUCAGCAAGUUAAUGAAAGUCUCACAUGUCCCCA